AUGCUUCGCCCUUUGGGGCGCCGGUCGUGGACGUGCGGCCAAUGUCUGCUGCAGCGCCGUGCAUUCGAGAGCGCCGCGUCGCAAGCUCCCCUAUCCCACGCCAACUACCCCCCGGCCGAUAAUAGUGCUCCCAAAAAGAGCGCUGAUGACGAUACAUUACGCCAGAUCUUCGAUUCCCAGUCGUUCUGGAAGAAUUUCUCCCAGCCUCAAAGUUCCACUAUACCAAAGCAGGCAGGCUUAGUUCAGAACCAGUAUUUGACAAGUCCAGAUGGAUUCAGGACGUUUGCACAUGCCUCGUUACAGAAAUGUCAGGCUAUUGUUGCAAAGGUCUUGCGGGCCUCCACUGUGGAUGAAUACCGGGCGUUGGCGCGCGAUCUGGAUAGACUGAGCGAUCUUCUGUGCCGGGUUAUUGACCUCUCGGAUUUUAUUCGAACAAUCCACCAUGACCCACAUAUACAGGAAGCCGCUACACAGGCUUAUGCCUUGAUGUUCGAGUAUAUGAAUGUUCUCAACACUACGACCGGUCUUCACGAUCAGCUGGUUCAGGCUUUUGCCAACCCGGAAGUGACGUCGCACUGGACGGUUGCGGAGAGAAUCGUGGCUGAGAUUCUGAUGAAAGACUUCAAGAACUCAGCGAUCCAUUUGCCACCCGGUGAGCGACAGCGCUUCGUUAACUUGUCAAACGAGAUCAGUCAAGUUGGCUCGGACUUUUUCAACGGCGCAGAGCCAGCCAGACCCCAGGUCACAUUUAAUGCGAAUAGUCUCCAGGGGCUGGACCCAAUGUUGAUAUCGCAAAUCAAGAAAUGGAACAAUAAGGCACCCGUGCCGACCAUGGGUAUUGUCCCACGGUUAGUGCUAAGAUCGGUACGUGAUGAACAGGUUCGAAAACAGGUCUAUCUUGCUUCUCGAACAUCGAGUUCGCGACAGAUUCAUCGUUUGGAGAUGCUCCUCAAGAAACGAGCGGAGUUGGCGCAGCUCUCGGGUUUCAAGAACUUUGCGGACAUGACCUUGAGUGACAAAAUGGCCAAGUCCCCUGAAUCUGUCUCGAACUUCUUGACAUCGCUCAUCUCGAGCAAUCGCGGGCCUGUCCAAGAGGAACUCCUCCAGUUACAACAAUUGAAACAGUGCAACUUGCAGCCUUGGGAUCAUGCCUUUUACGUGCACAAGCGGGUAUUAGAAUACUCGCAGUCAAGACGCUCUCGAGAGCUGAGCAUUGUGCCCGAGUUCUUCUCUCUCGGGACCGUGAUGCAAGGCCUUUCACGGCUUUUCGAUCGUCUGUAUGGCGUGCGCUUGGUGCCCCAAGAAACGGCCCCGGGAGAGACUUGGCACCCAGAUGUGCGUCGCUUGGAUGUGGUGGAUGAGGCUGGUAGGCACAUUGCCGUUGUAUACUGUGACCUGUUCAGUCGGCCCACGAAACAUCCUAACCCGGCCCAUUUCACUUUGCGCUGCGCGCGGGAGAUUUCAGCUGAAGAGAUUGCUGAGUGCGCCUCAAUGGAUCAAAAUGCUCAUCCGAAUGAUGGCAUGGCGACGGCGGUGGACCCGCAAACGAACACUUUGCGGCAGCUGCCAACGAUCGCUCUUGUUUGCGAUUUUCAAGAACCCAUGAACAAUGGCUCGGGGCGUCCGACGCUGUUGAGCGAGCAGAGUGUGCGCACUUUGUUCCACGAGAUGGGCCAUGCGGUUCACUCCAUUCUCGGCCAGACGCCUCUGCAGUCUAUCUCGGGCACCCGGUGUGCGACGGACUUUGCCGAGCUCCCUUCGGUCUUGAUGGAGAGCUUCGCAACAGCGCCAGAAGUUCUUGCUCUGUAUGCUCGCCACUGGAAGACCGGCGAGCCUCUGUCAGAGAGUAUGAUGCAGAGCAUGGAGCAGGAUCGGACAGCGCACGGCUCAAUCUAUGGUGCUGUGGAGAACGAGUCUCAAAUAUUGAUGGCUCUGGUUGACCAGGCUUAUCACUCUGUCCCUUACGAACAGGCUGUCAAUGGUAUUGAUACUACUGAGGUUUACCACCAAGUAUUCUCACACCAUUCGAGCUUGCCUGAACCAGAUGACAUCCGCCCCCGGACAUCCUGGCAGGGCUUCUUCGGACACUUAUACGGCUAUGGUGCUACCUACUACAGCUACAUUUUCGACCGGGCCAUAGCCAAUAAAAUCUGGCAGGACGUCUUCCUGUCUGGAAAGGCAUCAGUAGACCGUGCUGCGGGUGAACGCUAUAAAAAUGAGGUCCUCCGCUGGGGAGGUGGUCGAAAUGGCUGGCAAUGUGUUGCUGGCGUCCUGGGCGAAUCAAACCCUUCCAACGCCAAUGGUCGCCUCGUUGAAGGCGGCGACGAAGCUAUGCGUGAAGUUGGUCGGUGGGGCUUGGGUCGAGAGGGCAUUGCUGAGUAG